AUGGAGAAGUUAUUCCGCGACACCUUCGUGGAGGAGAGAGAUAGAGUUUGGCUCGCCACUCACCAUUUGGACGGCGAGGUCUAUAGUUGGUGGGUGGGUAUCCAGGAUAAUCCCAACACCGACGUAGCGACGAUUUCUUGGAAGAGAUUUAAGGAGCUCUUGUUAGAGCAUUACUUCCUCGUGCGCGUGAAGAGGAAAAUGGAACAGGAUCUGCGCGAGAUGCACCAGGGGGAUCGGACCGUGGCCGAGUACGAGAGGGAGUUCACUCAGCUUCUACACUAUGCGCCCUUUGUUGUGCGGGACGACGAGGAUAAGGCCCGCAUCUUCGAGCGAGGACUUCGGCCGUCGAUCUUUCAGUUGAUGCAACCCUCCAACCUUCAGACUUACCAAGAUGUGGUGGACCGCGCGCUCAUCGUGGAAAGCCGCGCGAUAGACUUGCAGGGGCGUCGAGAAGGCUCGG